GGAUCGGACGUGCCACGCGCGCGGCGCGCACGGGCGGCGUGAUGGCCUCCAAGACCACCGCGGCGAGGACGACGACGGGCCGCCACCACCACCCGCCGCGGCGCAGGUCCGUGCCCAGCGGGCCGCCGGUGGUGAUCGCGCAGCACGAGUGCCCCAGCGCGAUGCGCGCCCACGUCCUGGAGGUGCCCCCGGGCCGCGACGUCCUCUCGUGCGUCUCCGCGUUCGCGCGGCGCGGGCGGCGGGGCGCGCUGGUGCUGGGCGCGGCCGGCAGCGUCGCCGACGUCGUGCUCCGAGAUCCCGCCGCGCUGGUGCUCCGCGGCACCAUGGAGAUACUGGGCCUGGCCGGCUGCUUCUUCCCUUUCCCGAGCCCCGGCUCGGCGGGGACGGCGGUGUUCCUGGCAGGGCCGCGGGGCACCGUCCUGGGCGGCGCCGUCGCGCCGGGAGGGCUGGUGGCCGCCGGGCCGGUGGUGGUCGUGGUGGCCACGUUUGUCGCGGCGGCGCUGGACCAAGCUCGCCAUCCUCUCCCGCAGUCCCCGCGCGUCCUCCUGCGCGCAACUUCCGGAGCUCCUCCGCCCUCCUCCCGCUCGCCCUCCGGCCGCUUGCCGCACAAGCAAAGAAACGCGAUGGCCGACGGGCAAGCAGCACACGAGCACCUACGACCUGUGAUCCCAAUUGAGCAAGGAAACGCGAGGGACAAGCAGCGCAGCUUCCACCAAAUCUGCCCGCUCGCCGCCAUGGAUGGGCUCCGCGGCCUCCGGCCGCCGCCCUCCGCCAUGGAGGGAACGGGAUCUGCUACCGUGGGCAACUCAUCUCCCUGA